CCCACAACAAACCAAACUACUAAUCACAACAACAAUAAUAGUUUUAAUAAUAAUAAUAAUAUAUAAUAUACAUAUAUGGAUAGUAUAGUAAAGUUGGCGUCACAAAAGGCUGUGGUGAUCUUCACCAAGAGCUCAUGCUGCAUGUGCCACGUCAUCACGAGGCUGUUCUACGAGCAAGGGGUGAGCCCCUUGGUCUACGAACUGGACGAGGACCACAGGAACGGCCCCGAGAUGGAGCGGGCCCUCGUCCGGUUUGGAUGCAACCCGGCGGUCCCCGCCGUGUUUGUGGGCGGGACGUUCGCCGGGUCGGCCAACACAGUCAUGGCCCUCCAUAUCAACGGCUCGCUCAAGAAGAUGCUCAAAGACGCCGGUGCUCUCUGGCUCUAGCUAAUUACUGGUUGUCUCUGGAUGGGACGGUCUAAAACUUGUACCGCUCCACAUGUUAAACGUCUGUAAUUGGUUGAAAACUUUUUGGUUAAUUAACAGUUUUCAAGUUAUUACAGAUAGUUAACAUAUGGAAUGGGAGAGAUAUUGGAAUGCUUAUCUAAGCUCCAUUCUCUUUGUACUCGUAAUGUACUCCGUAAUUAACAAAUUAAACGAGAAGUACAUACUAACAUUAACAAAUAAAGGUGUUACUAAUACAGUCCUCUUUCAAAA